AAAACAAUUUCAAACUGAUGUUACAGAUUUUGUCGAAGAUUAUGAUAACAAUGGUUCAAUGAUUGAAGGUUUACCAGCUCAAGAAACAAGUGAUCGUUUAACACAUUUUGAAUCACGUUUUAAUGAUUUAUGA